AUGACUGCAAAUGAAUUAUCAGCAAACAGUCCAACUGCAGACAUCAACACUGCUAGUCUGAAUCCACCUACGAAGAUAAACUAUCCUCACAAACCCGAGAAUCCUGACUAUCUACGUAUGAUUUUGACAGCUCGAGUCUACGAUAUCAUUCAAGAAACUCCACUCCAAGAAGCAGUCAAUCUCAAUACGAAGCUCAACGGUGCCCGCAUCUACUUGAAAAGAGAAGACUUACAACCUGUCUUCUCAUUCAAAAUCCGUGGUGCAUAUAAUCGACUUGCUCACCUGUCAGAAGAAGAAAAGAAACGUGGUGUCAUUGCUUGUUCAGCCGGAAAUCAUGCUCAAGGAGUAGCUCUUUCUGCGCAAAAGUUGGGCAUCACAGCCAAAAUUGUCAUGCCCUCCCCUACACCCGCUAUCAAAUGGAGAAAUGUUCAACGUUUGGGAGCCAAAGUAAUUCUGCAUGGUGAUGAUUUUGAUGAGGCAAAGAAAGAAUGCGCUCGUCUUACAGCUACCGAAGGCCUCAUCAAUAUUCCGCCUUUUGAUGAUCCUUACGUUAUUGCAGGUCAAGGCACCAUUGGCAUGGAGAUCCUUCGUCAGCUUGACGUAAGCAAAAUCUCUACCAUUUUUGUUCCUAUCGGUGGUGGCGGAUUGAUCGCAGGUAUUGGUGUUUAUGUGAAACGUAUUGCACCUCAUGUCAAAAUCGUCGGUGUGGAGACGUUCGAUGCUUGUGCUAUGGAUCAUAGUUUGAAAGAAAAGAAGCGUAUAUUGUUGAAUGAAGUCGGAUUGUUUGCAGAUGGUGCCGCAGUGAGAAUGGUAGGGGAAGAAACGUACCGAUUAGCCCAAGAAGUGGUUGAUGAAGUAGUGUUGGUAAAUAAUGAUGAAGUAUGUGCGGCCAUUAAGGAUGUAUUCGAAGAUACAAGAUCUGUUUGCGAACCUACAGGUGCAUUAGCAUUAGCAGCUACCAAGAAAUACUUACAACUUCACCCAGAAGCCAAAGAUGAUGUGCACGUUGCCAUUGUUUCAGGGGCCAACGUCAACUUUGAUCGUCUUCGUUUCAUAGCAGAACGUGCGGAACUAGGUGAAAAAACUGAAGCUUUCUGUACAGUCAUUAUUCCUGAACAGCCAGGCAGUUUUAAAAAAAUGAUCGAUCAAGUUGUACCUCGCGCUGUCACUGAGUUCUCUUACCGUUACUCUGAUCCGAAAGAAGCCCAAAUUUAUAUUUCGUUCAAGGUGAUGGGCAAUAAAGAUCUCAAAUCCGAUGUGCAACAAGUGUUGGCAGCGUGGAAGGAACAGGGGAUGCGUGGUAUCGAUGUGAGUGACAAUGAACUGGCCAAAUGUCAUGCCCGAUAUAUGGUGGGUGGCAGAAGUAAGGCAGGUACAAGACCAGCGAAUGAACGUGUAUUUCGAUUUAUCUUUCCCGAGCGACCUGGUGCUUUGUUCCGCUUCUUGGUAGGAUUAGACUCGACUUGGAACGUAUCUCUAUUUCAUUAUCGAAAUCAUGGUGACGAUAUGGGUAAAGUGUUUUUAGGUGUUCAGGUACCACCGGAAGAUACAGAUCAAUUCAAUAGUUACUUGAUCAGUUUGGGUUAUCAUUUCGAAGAAGAAACAGACAAUAUUGUAUAUAGAUCUUUUCUCUGCUAG